AUCAGGUCAGCACAGAAACCAUUGCCUCUAUCUCGUGAAACCAAGUUUGAGUCUGACCUUGGUGCAAUGGACAUUGAAUAUGAAGUACCUGAAGGUCGUGCUGAUCUCAAAUCUGUCCUGGAGUUCCUGAGCAAACAUCAGCUGAACCCAGACAUUGCAACCUCAAGCAGCAUUGCCCGGGACUUCAGAUUAGAUGAGGCUGAAGUGCAAAACGUUCUCAGUCACUUUAAAGUUCUUCAGAUUCACAUACCGCAAGAGAUGUACAAGGAGAACAAGAACAUGGCAAAAAUUGUGAAAGAACAGUUAUCAUCUUCGGAAGGACUUGCUUCAAAUUUACGAUUACCGGGAAAAGGCAAUCCUCGGCAAGGGAAACUCCCAUCAGAGGCAGACGUUUUUCCUGACAAAUCUUGA